AUGGAGCUCUUCGCUGGAAGUUGGGCAAAAUGGUCUAAGAGCAGUGCCGGGGUGCAGGGGUUAAAGGGAGAGGUGGAUUCUUGUCAAGACACAUUGUUCAACGUUGUAAUAACCUGGGUUAGGCAUCUGCUGUGGCGUUGUUAUGCUCGUUAUCAAAUUUGCCUUUCUUUUGAAAUCAUUUCUGUUGCAACUGGAGAUGGAAUGGCUAUGGCUCAUCGAGCUCAAGCUGUAAUUUCUAACAUGGAGUUUGUGCAAUUCCACCCAACCGCUUUGGCUGAUGAAGGCCUUCCCAUCAGACCAACAAGAACCAGAGAGAACGCUUUUUUGAUAACUGAAGCUGUCAGAGGUGAUGGAGGCAUCCUUUACAACUUAGAUAUGGAGAGAUUUAUGCCAAUGUAUGAUGAAAGAGCAGAGCUUGCCCCGAGAGAUGUGGUAGCAAGAAGUAUAGAUGACCAGCUCAAAAAGCGUGGUGAAAAGUAUGUUCUUCUUGAUAUCAGUUACAAGCCCCGAGAGAAGGUUCUUUCUCAUUUUCCUAAUAUAGCUGCUGAGUGUCUCCGCCAUGGGUUAGACAUAACACAGCAGCCGAUUCCAGUGGUUCCUGCUGCUCACUACAUGUGUGGUGGAGUCCGUGCUGGACUCGAGGGUGAGACUAACGUGCAUGGUCUUUAUGUGGCAGGUGAAGUUGCAUGUACUGGUUUACAUGGUGCGAACCGACUUGCUAGCAACUCGUUGCUUGAAGCACUAGUGUUUGCACGAAGAGCUGUACAGCCUUCAAUUGAUCACAUGAAUGUGUCUAGAAUUGAUCACGGUGCUUCAAGUUGGUGGUCGCGGCCUGUAGCUCCCAUGUUACUAGGAGAUACAGUACAUGGCAAAGUCAUUCACCGGACAAGGGAAGUAAGGAAAGAACUGCAGUCAAUCAUGUGGGAAUAUGUUGGAAUUGUUAGGUCUACCUCAAGACUAACCGCAGCUGAGAAGAGAAUCAGAGAGUUGGAGUUGGAAUGGGAAACAUACCUAUUUCAGCAUGGCUGGGAACCAACAAUGGUUGGAGUAGAGGCUUGUGAGAUGAGGAAUCUCUUCUGUUGUGCCAACCUGGUAGUUAACAGUGCUCUUUCUCGACACGAGAGUCGCGGUCUUCAUUACACCAUUGAUUUUCCUCAUGUUGAGGAAAGCAAAAGGUUGCCAACGAUCAUUUUUCCGUCACAGCGAAAUAGCUCAUGGAGCUCGCGGCAAUUACACAGGCAGCAGAUAUGUUAGAUGCUCUUACCUAUUUGCCAAUCCUUCCUGCUAAAACUUGUCAAGCGCAGUGCAUGAUUAGUUUUUAGGUAAAGAAGAUGCUCAUGGGUUAUUGUCAUUCUUCCCGCCAUUACAUUUGGGGCAGGGCAAUGUCAUUCUUUGGUGAAAUAUAUAUAUAUAUAUAUAUAUAUAUAUAUAUAUAUAUAUAUA